AUGGUAAAAUUCUGUCGGUAUCGGAAAAACAUAGCAAAAGACCGCAAACCGAGGCAAAUUCAUACAAAAAAUGGUAUCGUUGAGGGUAAGCCACGUAUACUUUGCGAGAAGGGAGCUAUUGACGUGUUUCUUGGUAUCCCUUACGCGAAGGCCCCGACAGGAGAACGUCGAUUCAAAAAACCUGAGCCACCAGAAUCAUGGACUGGUGUAAUGAAGUGUAAACGAUACAAAAAUCGAGCACCACAGAAUGAUUAUAUUUGGGAUCGACUGGAUCUUCGAGUGUCUAAAAGUGAAGAUUGCUUGUAUUUGAAUGUUAUCAGUCCGGGAUGGACUCCGCCGUCAGAAUUUAAAAAUGGCUUCCCGGUAAUGUUUUUCAUUCAUGGCGGUGGGUAUGUGAUCGAUUCAGCAGUUCGAUAUCAUUAUUCAAAAAUUGCAAAACUUUUGGUGUCUAAAGAUUUGAUUGCUGUAACAAUUCAAUACCGACUAGGCUUUCUUGGUUUCUUCACAACUGGAGAUUCUACUUGUCCAGGAAAUUUCGGUAUUUGGGAUCAGAUAAUGGCAUUAAAAUGGGUGAAAGAGAAUAUCAAAUGCUUUGGAGGUGAUCCUGAUCAGAUUACCAUCAUUGGCCAAAGCGCCGGUGCUGCAUCUGCUGAUCUGUUGAGUUUAUCACCUUAUAGCCGAGAUCUCUUUAAGCGGGUCGUGUUGUUGAGUGGUAAUGCUGAAUGUCCUUGGGCAGUUGCUAAAUCAAAACGAGUAGUAAGUUAUUGUCGUCAGCGAGCUCAAAAAUUAGGUUGGAAAGGCAGUGAUAACAAAGAGAUGAUAAAAUUUCUACGCAAGUUACCAGCUUCAAAACUUGCUGAUAAUUUAAUUGGUAAUAAAGAACUUUUCGCAACUGGUUUGUUACCUUUAACACCGAUUGUGGAUGGUGAUUUGAUUCCAUGUUCGAUUAAAGAACUUCGAAAAUUAGCACCGACGAAACCAUCUAUAGUUGGUGUUACAGAAAAUGAAGGCUUGCUUUUUGUUGCAUUAAAUCGAAUGCCUUGUGAUCAGAAUGAUAUUGAAAAGGCAAUUCAAGCUGUGAAUAAAUAUGUGAAAGAAAGUGAAAUCAAUAUACGUCAAGUAAUCAGUGAUAUUUACUUCCCUCACGCAAAUUGCGAUGAAAACAGUCGACAAAAUACACAACGUGCUUUUAUUAACAUGCUUGAUGAUUUUACGUGUAAUUAUGGAACAAAAUGGUAUGUAGAUAAAGCAGUAGAACGUGGUGAGACUGUUUACAUGUUUUCUUUGGAGUACUGUAAUCCGGCUUGCUAUGGUUUUCUAAACUUGUAUUUACCUUAUAAAAAAGCAACUCAUGGAGUAGAGUUAAUUUAUUUUUUGGAAGCCAAUAUUUUUAUUUCAAGAUUUGUCAGAACUGAAAUGGAUAAAAGAAUUACACGAUUUUUCACUCAUGCUAUUUCUGAUUUUAUUAAAUACGGAUCUUAUAGAAACCCAAAUAUUUCCAACGAUUUGACAGGAGGUAAUAUGUCAAUGUGGGAAUCAACGAAGCUAGAAGCUCGAGAUCAACACCUCCGAAUUGGGCAAACUAUCGAAAUGCGUAAAGAAUUCAAAGAUGGAAGAAUCAGAAAGUUGCAAAACAUUUUUAGCAAUUUGAAGCGUAAGUGA